AUGGCACGGAAUACUAAAGGAAAUAAAAAAAAUGCUGGCGGAACACCAAGAGACUGGCCGCAAAUGAGAUUCGGUAAAAGAGAGAACAAAGAAGACCCAUCGAACUUUAUAAAGCUAGGAGAGUUUUCCCAUACCGUAAAGAACACAAAUAUGAUUGUAAUAAAGCUAACAGAAGACAUUAUUCCAUACUUUAAUGCAGGGAUAUAUGGAGAGGGCGACAGGAAGAUAGCAGACAUUCACGAAAUAUUUGGAAAGUUUGACAAUCAUGUAUACGCAAGCAUUGUUAUUGAUGGAAAGUUAGACAUAUCUAAUUACAAGGCAGGAUCAGUUUUCCGGGCAGAUAAAUUUAAAUGUCUUUCCUUUGACAGAGUGAAGGGGGCAAACACACACACUCCUAAAGCAGCUGCUCCAAAGAAACCCACAAACUUACCACAACAGUUCAACAGAGGAAGAAGCUCAAAGUUCAGAACAAAUACACAGAAUGAUAGAGUUCGGCAGUAUGCAGAGUCACAAAUAAGACAAAACAAACGAGAUGCAAGAGAUCCAAGAAAGAGAGAGGAGUUUGCAAGAAAAACAUUUGAGAAGAGAGGAGGUGAAGUUCAAAGAAACAAGAGAACAACAUUCACAUACGAUGAUGAAUAAACU